AUGGCACCAAUACUUGAUCACUUUACGUCUCACGCUGCCCUUUCAGCGCGGUCGUUUGGACUCGGUGGGCCAGCCUCUAGCAUGGUAGUCAUCGAUAUUGUCAUGACGAGCAUUGCAGUUGCUCUUGUGCUGAACCGCGUUGUUGUUCGGCUGGUGACAAGCAAGAAGCUGGCAUCGGAUGACUUCGUUAUCAUAGGGUCCUUGAUCAUUUGCGUGGCCAUGAAUGUUGUGAACAUUGCAGCCAUUAAUCAUGGGUAUGGGCGACCUUCAUCUGACGUGCCCGUGAAUGACUUGAAAAUAGCCCUUGAGUUAUAUUUCGCCCUACAAAUGCUCUAUAGAGUGACUAUAAACAUGACGAAGCUUUCAAUGCUGCUCUUAUAUCGCAAGAUCUUUGACACCGAAAGAUUUCGAUUCAAACUCAUUUGCGACGUUUUAUUCGUCUAUAUAAUGCUUUACACGAUCGCCACCUUUAUAGUCACUAUCUUUCAAUGCGAUCCUAUCCCAAAAGCCUGGGGUAGGGAUAUACCUGGCUCUUGCGUUAAUCUUACUGCUUUCUGGUAUGCUAACGCAGCACUGCACACUUUGACCGAUGUCAUUAUCCUACUACUCCCCAUGCCAGUCAUCAAGGGGCUCAAGUUACCCCGACGCCAAAAGCUCGCAUUGAAUCUAGUAUUCGCCCUUGGGGUAUUUGUCUGUGGCACUUCAAUUGCGCGCAUGCUUACCCUCAAUACGUCUUCUAAGGCGAGCGACGUGAACGAGGGAACGGCACUAUCAACGCUAUGGACAACUAUCGAAGCAAACACAGCCAUUAUUUGUGCUUGUCUCCCAAUGGUUCGGAUACCUCUAUCAAAGGUUAUCCCAUCUCUAUUUCCUGCAUUUCAAUACAGUGACAGCAUCUGCGAGACCAGUAGUGAGGCUUCCACUGCGAAGUCUGAUCGACCCUUUAUUACUUCCUGGUGCUCACUACGAAACUCAAGGAGCUCCUCCGUCUCUGAGACGCAGACGAUGCUUCCCAAUUCUUACGGCCUCGCAAAUAUUAUAUUCCCUACCUGGGGAUAG